GUGUACACAAGUUUCACUUCCGGUUGCCACAUCAACUUUCACGAUGGAAGCAUUGUAUGCAUUGCCUUACAAUAUCUUAGUUUGUCCUAAUCUCAAACUAAAGAAGCCAACAUGGUUAAAGCAGCCUUCUGCGAUGUUUAUGUUUUCAGCCAUUUUACUGUCGUACUUCCUCGUUACUGGAGGUAUUAUCUAUGAUGUGAUCGUUGAGCCUCCCAGUAUUGGAUCUACAACAGAUGAAAGAGGAAAUUCAAAACCAGUUGCAUUCAUGCCAUACAGAGUGAAUGGUCAAUACAUUAUGGAGGGAUUAGCAUCCAGUUUCCUCUUUACUUUGGGUGGAUUAGGUUUCGUCAUACUUGACCAAACAAAUAAACCAACAACCCCACGACUAAAUCGUAUCCUCCUAUUGGCAGUUGGAUUUGUCUGUAUACUUCUGUCAUUUUUUACAUGCAGAGUAUUCAUGAGAAUGAAACUUCCGGGUUACCUGAUGUCAUAAGUUGAUGAGAAAGUUUUAAGAAGUACCAGGAAGUUGGCCGAGAUAUACUGCUAAAAACAGCAUUCCUGUUAUUGUCCCUAACAUCAUCUUCAUCACAUUUAUUAGCUACAGUACCACUAGUAGUAAAUCAUAGAUUUAUGCAAACAUUGAAUGUGAUGUGUAAACAAUUUAUGAGAAUAUACUUGCAUACAUGUUCUUUUUGAAAAUUGCUUUAAGUUCUGUGAAUGUAGUUGUGUUAUCCAAUUCCCAUACUAAUAAAAAGAUAACAUUUAUUUUAUUA